AACGGAGGAGAUCAUUUGCAAAAAAUAAUUUCAUCACGAGGAGGAGUAGAAGGCGUGAAGCUUUUCUCUUUGAACGAGAUCGAGAAAGCCACCAAUAAGUUCUCUCAAAAUUUGAUCCUGGGAUCUGGUGGCUACGGCACCGUUUACAAAGGCACUCUAAGUAAUGGACUUGUGGUGGCUGUCAAGAGGUCAAAGCAAGUCGAUUCCAAACAAAUCGACCAGUUUAUCAAUGAAGUUUGUAUUUUGAGCCAAAUUAAUCACAGAAAUGUGGUUAAGUUACUAGGCUGCUGCCUGGAAACUUCGGUUCCUCUGUUGGUUUAUGAAUACAUUUCAAAUGGAACAUUGUUCGAUCAUCUGCACGGCAACAAGCAAAGUCGGCAGCAAAUUCCAUGGGAGAAACGCGUGUGCAUAGCCAUUGAGACAGCAGAAGCUUUGUCAUACUUGCACUCUGCAGCGUCGAUACCGAUUGUUCACAGAGAUGUCAAAUCUUCAAACAUUCUGCUGGAUAAUGAUUAUGAUCCAAAGGUUGCAGACUUCGGAGUGUCUCGUCUGGUGCCGAUGGGGCAAACGCACAUUACUACAGUUGUGCAUGGAACUCUGGGUUAUUUGGAUCCUGAAUACGUUCAGACAGUUCAGCUUACAGAGAAAAGCGAUGUCUACAGCUUUGGGGUUGUUUUGGCAGAGCUUUUGACGGGGCUAAGACCUGUUUCUUAUGACAGGAUGGACAACUACUGUAACCUGGCCAUAUAUUUCCUCUCCACUGUAAAUACGACGGGCGUCGGGGAAAUCAUAGAUCCUCUUCUUGAUGUGAAAGAAGGUAAAAACAGGGAGUCGAUGAGAAGAGUGGCGGGGAUAGCAAAGGAAUGCCUUAGCGUUGAAGGGGAGAAGAGACCUUCGAUGAAAGAAGUGGUUCAGGAACUGCUUUGGAGUAAAGGAGGCGAAAGACAGCAUGACUGGCUAAAUAAUGGUGUAGCAGACAACCCGGAAGAAAUGGUGGGCCUGAUUGGUGGUGAGGAAGAAAGAAGCAAGGGAAUUAGGGUCGCUUAUUCAAUCCCACAGCAGUGUAGCUCCUCGUUUAGCAUCGAAGGGGUCGGAGUUGGAAUUAGAUGGGGUCGAUAAGGUAUGUUGCUCGCCAUUAUCUUCAUGUCUGAUAUAAAGACACGUGUCUCAUUCAAUACUAGGUAUCGUGUACCCUCUUAUCCAACCAAUCAAUCUGUAUGUUGAAUGAUUAAACACAUGUUUUGCCUAUUUACCUUCAACCUUUAUUAU